AUGGUAUCGUACAUCUUAUGCCUUGCAGAUGCCAGUUAUUUGACAAAUGGAUAUCUAGAUACUGUUCUAGACUGGAUUCCAGAAUUAGAGGGUAUACGCUUGAAGGAUCUUCCAAGCUUCUUACGAACCACGAAUCCCGAUGAUUUUAUGGUGAAAUUCGUCCUGCAAGAAACUCAGAGAGCUAGAAAGGCUUCUGCCAUCAUUAUAAACACCUAUCAACAACUCGAACAUGGUGUAUUAGAUGCACUUUCAUCUUAUCUUCCACCAAUUUACACCAUUGGACCACUACACUUCCUUGAUAAUCAUGUGCAUGAUAAGUCUUUACCAGAUAUUCAAUCAAAUCUCUGGAAGGAAGAGCCAGAAUGUCUUGAAUGGCUUGAUUUGAAAGAUCCAAACUCUGUGGUUUAUGUCAACUUUGGAAGCAUUGCUGCAGUUCUGCUAUUCUGCCAAGUGAGUUUUUUGAAGAAACCAAAGAAAGAAGCAUGUUUGCAGGCUGUUGCCCUCGAGAAAGUUCUCAGCCAUCCUUCUGUUGGAGGAUUCUUAACUCAUAGUGGGUGGAAUUCCACAAUCGAAAGUAUUAGUUAUGGGGUGCCUUUGUUCUGCUGGCCAUUUUUUGCUGAUCAACAAACUAAUUGCUGGUUUUGCUGCAAUAAAUGGGGUAUUGGAAUGGAGAUAGACAAUAAUGUCAAGAGGGAUGACAUUGAAAGCCUUGUUAGCGAGUUAAUGGCUGGGGAGAAGGGCAAGGAAAUGAAGAAGAAAGCCAUGGACCGGAAAAAACUGGCAGAAAUGGCUGUGACAGAUUCUAACUCAAAUCUUGAGAAUUUGAUUCUGUUGUAUAUUUCAAAAGAUUUGUUACUACACGUGUUAUUUUAA